AUGGCUGCUUCUCUGUCUUCUUCAGUGACUUCCCUCCAGUCCUCAUUGCAGCUUCUGGACUCGUCCAUCGAUAUCCUCGAUUCAGGAGUCAGCGACUUUCCCCGACUCUCCAAGGUCCUACGAACAAGGCGACACUUCGAGCUCCUCCCGGAACCCACUAUACGCGAAGCACAACAAGCCUUACUAGACGAGAUCACGCCAAGCAUUGCACAUCUUCUUUCCCUCGCAUCAAACCACGUCGAGAAGUUAGCUCGUCGCGAACAAACAUUGAAGGCCAAAUGCGAACUGCAGGAAGGAAGACUCAGUUCUCGCGAGAACCGUCAAACCUCGACUCAGAGCCAGAAUAGCGCACUCCGUAACCACGCCGGUGUCGGCUCUGGCAAUGCUGCCGCGAGAGCGGUAGAGCUGAGAAGACUGGUGCAGAAGAAGGAGCGCUUACAGUAUGCUGUCGAGCGUCUGGAAUUGCAGAGUACACAGAGGGAACGGCAAUUACGGAAGAGCAUGGCUGCGCAGUGA